UCGGCCUAUCUCGUAAGCGAUGCUACGAGCCGUCAUCUCGUCAAUGCUCGACGACAUGCAUCGCCGCCACGACGCUCGGACAUCUCAGUAAGUACCAGAAAGUGUUCGGGGGCGCCUUGCGAACGCCAUCUUGAAAUAAAAAAGACAGACAUACACAUACACACACGCAACAACAAAAGUAAAUAUUAAAACACGGAGAUCGUCAGCCGGUCGGGUGUUUGUGGUGGUUGUUUUGCGCGGUGGUGAUUGGUGGAUGAUGGUGUCGCGUCUAUACAGGGCCGUGCAAAAGAAAGGAGUCGACGUAUGAUACCUAAAGCUGGAACAUGCCCGUGAGCACGGGGCCGUUGGGCGAACCACGCGCCAAACGCUGCAAGCUUUGCGACGAGUCUAGUCACAUUAGCGAUUCUGGCUCUGGUUAUUGGCAACUUCAACUGGAUCGCGACCUGGUAGAUACCAUUUCGGCGAUAUAUCCGGAGUGGUUUCGUAAUAAUAUGGCGGAAGGUGGAGGAUCUCCCACCAGUCCGAGGGAGUCGCCUCCCAAGGCCAUCAUAGAUACAUCUCCGAUUGUUAUCGAUCAAAAUAAAGAAUCCCUCAAGGUGAAAUUGUUGCUCAGGAGACCAUUCGAUCAGCUGGUGGCUCAAGGCAUCAUGCCUCCUCACAAAACGCCGGCCGCUUAUCACGGUCAGCGUCGUCAGUUGGAAAGGGCGAAAACGGGCGAUAUGCUAAAAGCGAAAAUACAGCAAAGACCGCCUCGCCAAGAAUUGGAAAGGCGUCACAUAUUGGAAGUUGAUCCGAGUCACGUAGAUCCGAGUUUGGCGGAACGGCAAAGGAUGUUGAAAAAAGCUAAAUUGGCCGAUCAUUUAAACGACCAAUUAUCCCAUAGACCCGGACCUUUGGAACUCAUCCAAAAAAAUAUUCUUCACACCGAAGAACCGAUCGAAGAAGCCGUAAAAACCGGUAGGAUACCCUACAAAGCGACCAGCGAAGGGCAACUUCACAGACCGCAAUUACCUUCAAACUACAUCAAUCCCGAAGAAGAUUCCCAAAGUUCGGAAGGCGAUAACCGAGUGAGUCCCGGUCCAUCCGAUGUUUUAGAAACCGCCGCGAAAUCGGCCGGCAUCGUAGUAUCUUUGAUACAACCAACCGAAACAGUCGCCGUAACUUCAUCUAGUCCCAUAUUGAAAAAAGACAAUAACGAAGUUUUAUUCGCGGAUUUGUGUCGAUCCGUAGCCGCGCCUCUACUUUCCCAAGCAUCGGCGUCAUCUCCCGCGUCUCUGGUAUCUUCCACAUCUACUUUAAGUCCUUUAUCUAGUGUUGCCAGUCCAAUAAUGUCGCAACCGGCGACGCCAGCUCCUCCACCGCCUCCUCCAAUGUCUUUAAUAACGCGCACCGUACAAUCACCGGUUCGAAACGAUUCCGUUAAAGAUAAAAAUAGAAAAAAAUCCAAAACGAAAUCGAUUCCCAAAACGCGUACUAUAAAAUUCCACGAAUACAAAGGUCCGCCGAGCGCCCACAAAACUACCAACAACAAUACUUCACCGGAAGAAAGUUCUUACGAUCUAUUGUUGAAGCAACAGACGCUCCUUCUGCAAUUUCAAUUACAACUUCAACAUAAAUAUCCACAAAUUAUCUUGCCGGCUUCCCAAAAGUCUUCUUCUCCUUCCGAAACUAACAAUAAUAAUCAUAUUAAUAUUCAACAACCAUCACCGGCUCCUUCCACCUCAUCAGAAUCAUCGACGCCAUCCAGAAUAACCGGCAGAUUAGAAGACAUGAAAGUUAGCGACUUGAAAGCAGAAUUAAAACGUCGUAGUUUACCAGUAUCUGGCUCUAAACCACAAUUAAUCGAAAGACUUAAACCUUUUACCGGUUCUAACGAUAUUAUCAAUCAAAAUCCCCCUUCCAUAGACUCCUCAAUUCACAGCAACGCCAGUAUGGAUCAAUCCCACAAUUCUCCCGUAUAUCAAAACAUAGAUUCCCCCCAAGAGAGUAUAAGAGACGAAAAACCAGAGCAAAUGGAUCUGGAUCCGAUGAGCCCUUCUCCGCAACCGAUACAAGAACAAUUUUUGCAAUACAAGAUCCAACAAGCGCUAGAAAAUCCACCGCAGAAAUCUAAUGAACACGAUGAUAUAGUAAGAGAACAACAAAGACAAAUCGAAGAACUCCAAAGGGAAUUGACGCUAUCCCAAUUAAAACUCCAAGCCGCCACCAGAACUGAACCGAAAGCUCAAAUGAUCGCCUUACAAAAACAUUUACAAGCCAGACAACAACAACAAAGAUUACAGCAACAACAACAACAACAGUUACAACAACAACAACAACAACAACAACAGAAUUUCAUAUUACAGAUGAAACAUUUGCAGGCACUCCAAGCCAGACAAACCGCCAACGAGGAACAACAAAGGCUUCAACAACAAAUCAAUUUACAAAAUCAAAAAAAUAUCGCCGGAGGUCUGAUCCUCAACACCGCCGAGGCAGCUCUAAUGUUCAAUCAACUGUUACAACAAGGCAAAACCAAAGUCCUCAACGGUCAGAACAGAAGCAACGCCUUCUUAAACUCAAUAGUAACUCCGAUAAUAGCUACGCCGGAAAUAAAAACGGAAUACGUCGAGGAUAACAUUCCCAAAGAAGUGAAAAUAGAAUUGGUAGAAGCGGCUACCAAACCGCCUCCGCCUCAAUACAACGAAGCCACCAAACAGAUGAACAAAAAGAAUCACAUCAAGAGUCAAAUAGUCGACGACGUUUUGGAAAUAUUAAUAAAAAACGGAGAAUUACCGCCUAGUGCGGCGAACGAUCCUCUUACCCCUAAUUCGGCCGGUGCCAAAUCGACCGAACCGGUGUAUCCAGCUCAAAAUUUAGACGACAAUCACAAUAGUACUAAUCUGGAUCCCGAAGGACCGGAGGCCACUUUGGGAAUAGACCCUUCGGAUCUACUGGAAGCUUUGGAUAAUAUAGAGAACAUCGAUUUUAGUCAAUUGAUGGAAUUGGGAGGUUGUCAAAAUCAACAAGAAAACAAUAAUUUCUCCAACGAUAAUGCCCACGAAGACAUCGCCAUGGAUACAGACGAUUGGUUAGAAUCGCUACUUCCUCAAGAAAACGUCUACGACGGUACGAAUAACGCCGCUUUCUCAUCACAGGAACCGGAUCUCGGCGGAUACGAUCCGUUGUUGGGUAUAGCUCAAGAUCCUUUCGAUCCUUUCAAUUUGGAGGAAUUCAGAUCGCCGGCCGAUUUGACGGCGUCGUUAUCCUGGGAUAAAAUCGAUUACGCGGCGUAAUUGACCGAUGGAUUGGUCGUGUGUGUGACUGUCGACGCAGUGUUUAGACGAGGUUAAUAGUCGGAAAAUCGAAUUGGUAUUCAGACAAACAAACAAAAGGAAAAAACCACACUGCUUAUUCCAAUGAUGUGAAAUUCCGAUGGGUUACAGAAUUUGACAUUCCACGUAAGUUGGUCGUCGAUAUCGCCUAACCAUAUUUUUAAUUGGCGAGGCAUGGGACCAGGACGGCUCUAUACUAGGCCAAGGGAACACAUCAAAACAUUAUUUAAACAAUAAAAAAUGUUUCGAAAUGAAACAUUAUACAUACCUUUUACAUAUGUACUAAUUUGUCUUUUAGGGCACAAGGGGGCCGAAAUUUGAAGAGUAUCUGCAAAAAUAUUAUUUUUCUUUUAGUCCAUAAUACUCGUUAAAAAAAUGGCUUCAAAGUGGUAAACAAUUAUUAUAGGAGAUUAUUAAAAUUAAAGAAAAAAUUAUCUAAAUAAAUUUGCUUUGCCUUAAUUUUUGAAAUUUCAUAAUUACCUCUAUAGACUGGACUAUAAUAAUAAAAAUAAAUGACGUAACACUUGAACAAUGACAGUCUUCUAAUACCUUGUAAUGUAUUUCUGUCAAUUUCAAGGCCUACUACAAAACUGAUGAACCUAAUAAUUAUUUUAGGCCAAGUAUUUAACAGAAUAAAAUUAAAAUGAAUAAAAUUUUAGUAGUAGAAAAAAAUCUUUUGUACAUCGCCAAAAAAACUGUGAUAUAUGAAUAAGUUUACCAAAGUAGCCACGUAAAAAAAAAAACAUUGUAGAAUACUCUCUCUUAUUGUGCCAUUAACGGACAAAAUAAGUUUACAGAACGUUCCGGGAUAAAAACGAAACAAUCAUAUUAUAAUCGAAUGAAAAAUCGAUUUUCUCUCGUUUUAUAUCUCGUUACGUUCAAUGUAUAAACUGGUAAUUUAUUUUAUUGUAGAUAUGCUUAGAACCUAAUUUGUAUAUAUACUUAAUCGCCACUUGGUUCUAGACAAAUUUGAAAUGUUUUUUUUAUUAUUAUUAUUCGAUGAGGAGAAUACAAAAAAACUAAAGCCUAGUACACACAUACGUUAAGUAGAAACCUUAUAACAUAUGACAAAAUGGCAAUAGUAGAUGCAAAAGAUGGAAGAAAAAAAUUCAAAUGUGUCUAGAUAUAAUACCGAGUGUUGUUACUUAACUACCUGUAUAGAUUGUUUCGUGACAAAUUCGCUAUUAUUUGUUAUUCGAAUGUUAAACAUUUAUUUUGUUGACUAUUUCUAUUUUUUUUUUUUCGUUUCGGCCGUUUGCAAAAGGCUGAUCAAAAAAGGAAUGUCGUGCUUUUAGAUUUGCCUAAAUGUUUAAGAGAACGAUUGAGAUGCCUUAUUAGCAAUCGACGUACCUAAUGUCCCAAAAAAAUUGUUUUCACGUCUAAUUAGUACAAUUAUACCAAACUUUCUCUACAACAUUUAUUUUGAUCAAAAAUUUUAUUUAUUCAUUUUUAUUUGAUUGGUAGACCAUGAAAAUAUUUUUAUUUGGGACGCUUAGUACGUCUGUGUUUUGUGAUUUUAUGAACUUUUUCAGUCCAUACUGUUUGGCAUCAUUAUAAAUAUUUCUUUUCUUUUUUUUGCUAACUGCUACUUUUUAUAUAAACAGUAUGUGAGUGAAAGCGGUCUAUAGCCAUAAAAACAAUAAAAAGAAUAACAUUAGAAA